AGUUCAUUCCUUUCCCGUAUUUCCGAUUCAUCGGAUCCUGCUCUACGCACUCUUGGCCCCUUGUACCUCUUAUCGUCGUCGAUCGACUGACUUAUACUCCGUUUGGUAUUGAAGUCUGUUCCUCGUAGCUGUCGUCCCUAGGUAAGUCCGAGCAGGAAAAAAAGACAAGCCAGAAAGAAGAGGAUCAUCGAUUAUCUUCGAAACUUCACAGCAUCCUUAAGGACACUUCUUUUUUCAGUCCAGGAGUAUGAGGGCCAUCUGCUUGCUCCUCAUCGGCAUCGUCGCCGUGAAUGCCCAGCGCCGUUUAGCCUUGCCCGAUCCGCGAAGCUGCGCGAAUCGUGUCCGUCAUUCGUCGUAUAGAGAUGGUAGAGGAGUUGCUCACUCGUAUUUCUUCAGCUGGGAACAUCAGCCGACCAGAAAUCUCGAGGUGGACUGGCUGGACGCUCGCAAUAUUUGCCGUCGUCAUUGCAUGGACGCCGUGUCUCUGGAGACCCCUCAGGAGAACGAAUUCAUCAAGCAGAGACUAGCGAGAGGAAAUGUGAGAUACAUUUGGACGUCGGGUCGCAAGUGCAAUUUCAACGGUUGCGAUCGACCAGACCUUCAGCCUCAAAACGUUAACGGAUGGUUCUGGUCCGGAUCUGGCGCCAAGAUCGGGCCGACGACCCAACGUAACUCCGGAGAUUGGAGUAACACCGGAGGAUACGGUCAACCACAACCUGACAAUCGCGAAGCUGCACAAGGUAACGAUGAGUCUUGUCUGUCAAUCUUAAACAACUUUUACAACGACGGCAUUAAGUGGCACGACGUGGCCUGUCAUCAUGUCAAGCCUUUCGUGUGCGAGGACAGCGACGAGCUUCUCAACUUCGUCGCGUCUCGGAAUCCAGGUAUCCGUUUGUGAAAGACGACCGCGGCGAUCUCUGGCAAGCAAGCUAUCGUCGUACAUUAAAGAAUUGCGAGGACAAACUAAGACAAAGGCGACGAUAUAUUUCAGACGUACCGUGUAUUCUUUCUCUCUUUCUCUUUACUUCGUCGUAUUUUUAUUUAUAAUUACACUAACCAAUAUUCUCUUUAAUAAAUCGCGAUUGUAGAACCGCGAAAUUUUCACCGUAAGCGGAACGAUUGAUAGGUCGAAGUAGGCCGUAAAUGCAUUUAGUAUUAUAUAUAAUACAUAAUUCUUGUAAUUUUUAUAUUCAUUUCGUACGAGAAUAAAUGCAUUUUCAUUUGUA